ACAAAACCGACGAACGAAGGAAAAACGGGGAAGCAUAGAUCAAUAGCAGAUGGCUACCAAAAGCAUGGUGAAACCCAUAAUGUCGCUGGCAGAUCAAUGAUAUGUGCAUCACCGGCCGCUGUGGCAGUGGUGACUGCACCACCGCAGGGAAUAAGCUCGCCUCUGCUGUUGGUAUUCAGUCCUUUGCUACUUUUAGUUGGUUUGGUCUUUGCGGGUGUCUUGGCUGGAUUCGCGGAUGCUGCGGCCAUGGCUCUUGCCGGUGUGUCCACUCUAGCAUGGAUGUAUAGAGAGGUUAGAGGUUCUUUAGGAGUUGGUUCCAGUGUGACAGAAAGGUUGGCUGAGUUGGGUGAGAGAGUGAAGGAGCAAGGGAAGGACUGGACUGGAUAUUUGCAGCAACAGAUGCAGGAGAAUUCAUCUGAUACGUUGGCCAACAGAGUUUGACAUGUGUAAUAAAAUUUGUGGUUUCUGCUCUCUCCUCUGCACCAUCUCUCCCUCCCCACAUCGGCUCUUAAAAUCAUGUGCGUUGUGUUCGCCUGUUUGAAAAUGGAAAUAAGUUGGUAUAUGUUGUAAACUUGUAGUUUCUUACUUUUAUCUGUACGAAUUCUGUGAUGGAUUAGAAGUACAGCUACAAAUUUGUUUAGAAAACAACUACAAUCACAACAUUUAGCGUCCCAUGUGUGCGUAUGUGGAUGAUGUUUCUCGGACAAAAGAUGUAGCAGUACCAAUACGUUGCUAGUUUCUUUCUAAAAAGCUCAGUAUUCAGCUUGUUUCAGCCUUUGCCUUUUCUUUUCUGGGUCCUAUGUACGUACUCUGAAAAGUGGAAGGAAAAUUAAUCAUUGAUGUGCCUCCAAGUCAAGCAGCAUCAAUAACUCACAAACUUUGAAACCC